UGGCCGACGGCCGGGGAGGCGCUGCGGCGGUUGGUCUCGCGCUGCCGAGCUGCGAGUCCCGUGCGGCGGUUCGUGCGUCGGGCGCUCAGUGUUCGGGGAUCGCCGACUGUAGGCGGGUGGUGCCGGCGGCUCUCCCGCUCAAAACCUUUCCUAUUCACCCCCUCAAACCCCUUUCCCCCCUCCUUUACCCCUUGCCCUUCCCUCCCUUUUACCUCUCCUUAGGCCUCCCUCGAUUUUACCUUCCCCCCCCCCCCCCCCUUCAUUGCCGGAGGGACGCGAACUAUUGUUCCUACCGAUCUUUAUUUUCCCCUCCCCCUUCCAUCGGCUCCUGGGCCGGCCGCUGGUCUCUUGCACCCACCCUCACCCCAACCCUCUUCCUUUGAGGCCCACCCCUCGGAACGGGCGCUGAUCUGCUCUGCCCUGGACUCCCGGAACUGGUUUAGUUGAUUCUUCAAUACUGCCAGAAAUAGUUGACCACCAUCUCAAUAACAUCAAGGAAUAGGGCAAUAAGUGGACAAGUCAGAAUUAAAGUUUACUUCAUCAACAGAAACAUCUCAAUCUCAUUGGCGCAUCACCACCUGAUUACAUUGUUCCCAAGGAAUCCAGAAACCGCGAUACUGCCACCACAAUGGACCCAAAGAUGACUGAAGGUGGUCUGAAUGUUACCCUAACUAUCCGACUGCUCAUGCAUGGAAAGGAAGUUGGAAGCAUCAUUGGAAAGAAAGGUGAAACUGUGAAAAAGAUGCGUGAAGAGAGUGGUGCACGCAUUAAUAUCUCUGAAGGAAAUUGUCCUGAGAGAAUUGUAACCAUCACAGGCCCAACUGAUGCAAUAUUCAAGGCAUUUGCAAUGAUUGCCUUCAAGUUUGAGGAGGACAUUGAUAAUUCAAUGAGCAACAGUACAGCCACCAGUAAACCACCCGUGACCUUGCGACUCGUUGUACCAGCCAGCCAGUGUGGAUCUCUGAUUGGAAAAGGAGGCUCCAAAAUCAAAGAAAUUCGCGAGUCAACAGGGGCUCAAGUCCAGGUGGCAGGGGACAUGCUGCCUAAUUCCACUGAACGAGCUGUGACAAUCUCCGGGAUGCCAGAUGCAAUCAUCCAAUGUGUGAAGCAAAUAUGUGUGGUGAUGCUGGAGGUAGAGUAUAAGUCCCCACCGAAAGGUGCCACCAUUCCCUACCGCCCAAAGCCCGCCUCUGCCCCCGUCAUUUUUGCAGGUGGCCAGGUAAGAGCAGAUCCCCUCUCGGCCUCUGCAGCCAACCUCAGCCUCUUACUGCAGCACCAGCCACUGCCUGCCUAUACAAUUCAGGGACAGUAUGCCAUUCCACACCCAGAUGAUGCGUGCCUCUUGUCGGCUGACUAUAAAGCGGCGUUGGCAUCAACAUUGUGGAGAAGUCCGCAGCUUGCUCACCCAUCCUCCCAGCUGAAGGAAUCUGCAUGGAGACCAGAGUCCUUGAGAGAAAAAAUGGAAUUAAAAAACUGUAAUGAAGAUUCAGGAACUUGGGGUUUGGAUGCCAAUACCCCGGCCAGUACUCAUGAACUCGCCAUUCCCAAUGAUCUGAUAGGGUGUAUAAUCGGCAGACAAGGCAGCAAAAUCAAUGAGAUAAGACAGAUGUCUGGGGCGCAGAUUAAAAUAGCUAAUGCGGCAGAAGGCUCAACGGAACGUCAGAUAACUAUUACUGGAUCCCCUGCCAACAUAAGCCUUGCACAGUACCUCAUUAAUGCAAGGCUAACAUCUGAAGUUUCUGGAAUGGGCCCUCUUUAAUUGUUUACGCAUCUCCCUCUGCUAUCCGUGUCAUGUUGCCCAUCUGCGAAAACCACAAGCAACCUGCUUCCACUGUUUGUAAAAUUUGUAUAUUACAGUUCUGCCUCAUAGAAGAUAGUUAGAACGUUAAACUUUAAGGAAUUAUUCCGAAGUUCUUUUUCAAAUCCAGUCCCUUUAACUAAACCCAACUACCCCAUUGCUUCAUGUUUUAAUGUAUGUUUUUUGUUUCGACAUUAACUUAAAUUAACGAUUGCUUGCAAAAAAAAUGUAUUUGCAGACUAUUUUCUCUGUAUACUUUUUAGUUUAGUAAUUACUGGUAACAUGAUUGCAACCUUUUUAUAUAAAAAAAAAUAAACCUUGAUGUAAUCCAAUUAUUUGAAGUUCUAUCUGGAUGUAAUAAAGGAAGGUACAUGACUGGA